GAUCCCACGCUCCCCGCACCCAGAAAAGCGUCACUCUCUCUCUCUCUCUCUCAGCUCGCUUUCUUCCCCUUGGUCUCCUUCUGCGCACUCCCUGAAACUAGGGUUUUGGAAUGAUGUGAAGUUCGGGGAUUGCCCAGUAAUACGUAAAGCGGGUUCGUACAAGAGGCGACUGGAGAUGAGCCGGCCGUCGGUGCAUCCGGUGGAGGCGCCGCCGGUGACGAACGGCGGAGCUCAGAACAACGGGCCGAGAGUCAGGAUGAAGGACGUCCAAGGGAUGCCGGGGACUCGCGGCGGGCUCGUGCUUCGGCUCUGCCAGUUCGCUUUCGCCGCGAUCUCGCUCUGCGUCAUGGCCACCACCAGCGACUUCCCUUCCGUCACGGCAUUCCGCUACCUGGUUGCUGCUGUUAGCUUGCAAUGUUUGUGGAGCAUGUCGAUGGCACUUGUUGAUAUAUAUGCUCUCUUGGUGAAGCGAAGCUUGCGUAACUGCAGAGUUGUUAGCCUGUUCGCUAUUGGCGAUGGGAUUGCAUCAACCCUUACAUUUGCUGCUGCCAGCGCAUCAGCUGGCAUCACAGUCCUUAUCGGCAAUGAUCUUAACAAAUGUGCGGUGAAUCACUGCGCCAGAUUUGAGAGCGCUACGGCGAUGGCAUUUAUCAGUUGGUUCGUGGCGUCACCAUCAUUUCUCUUCAACUUCUGGUCAUUGGCUUCCCAGUAAAUGUUUGCCAACAGAAUACGUUCCUGUGCCAUUAUUGGCUCUCUGAUUGCUUCUGAUCUGUAUAUAAAAGGAAUUUUGCUUCGAGUUUAAUGCAGCAUUUGCCUUUGUGAUUGCAAUAUCAAUUUCGUUCGCAGAAAUCGGUCGAUUUA